UGCGCGGCCGCGGGAGGGGCCGAUAGAAAAUGGCGAGUCUGUGCAAAAGGCAGCAAUGCACGAUCGAGAGGCGCGGCUUUCGGCAGGAACUUGACUCGUGGCGGCAUAAACUCAUUCACUGUGUAGGGUUUGAGAGCAUCUUGGAAGGACUCUUUGGGCCAGGACUCAUAAAAGAUCUAACCCUUUUUCAAGAUUGCGAGCCUGAAGGCGUGUCAGACUGGUCGUUUGAUGAAAAUUGUCUUUUCUGCUGCUUGAGACGAGAGAAAGUGAAGGAGCACCUAGUUGGCCUAAACAGCCAAGUCUUGCUGUCUGGAGACAUCUGCAAGCAGGAACAGUCCAAAAUUAACAGGCUCGAGAAGCAAGCGGAAGAGUUCCUCAAUGCUGUCUUUUACAGAAAAGCAGACGUCCCAAGCUUCUCGGACCCCCACAUUCCUCUAGUGGCUCGCGAGAUAAUGCAGCGAAUGAUCCGGCAGUUCGCUGCUGAAUAUACCUCAAAAACCAGCUCUUCUCAGGACACUCCCCAGCCCAACGGCACCAAGGACCAAAGCCUGCCGAAAGCGCCCUCGCUCGCCGUGCCCCCUGCCGCUGCCGCCGUCGCUGCCUCUGCACAGAACCCUGUCCUUAGCAAGCUUCUCAUGGCCGACCAAGACUCCCCACUGGACCUCACCAUCAAGAAGCCAGACCCCGAAACCCUGGAUCAAGAUGGAGUGCUUGAUCUUUCCACCAAAAGAGGUCACAACAGCGGGGGCGUCUCCCUCAAAAACUCUCAUGGCUGCCCAACAGCACCAGUAGUGAAAGGGCGUCCCAUGAGAGCAGACCACAACUUUCAAGAUGGAGACGAGGACGGGCCGCCCCCGAGAAGCUUUCAGGACGGGACGAGGGAGAAUUACAGCAACUGCGGCUCGCUGAAGCCCCCGCUAGCUCGCUCGCUGUUGAUCAAAGAGGGGAUUCUGGCCCAUAAGCAGCGCCUGCUCCAGCCUGGCGUCUCCCUCGGUCAGCCGGAGGUGGCGGGGCUACCUAACCACGGGCAGCUCCCCCUGCUCCCCAGGGACGGCUCUUCCUGGGUCAAACCGCACCUCGACGGCCUCCUCAAGCUAAAGGCCAACAGUGCCCUCAGCGACCUGAAGGACUUGCCGCUUUUUCUGGAGAACUCGAGCACCCCGCCGAAAGGCUCGGCUGCUCCGAAGAUGCACGAGGCUAAGAAGGAGCAGGGGCACUCCCCGCCGGUGGACUUAAAGAUACCGCAGGUGCGGGGCAUGGACUUGUCCUGGGACUCCCACGCGUCCGAUCUGUACGGCUACGGUUCCCUGGUGGUGGCGCCACACCCCGAGAACGCGCUGAGCAAAAAGCUACGGGCCAUCCUACCCAAGCAGCAUCGCCGCGGGGCCCUGGGUGGCAUCCUGGAUGGGUCAUCAGACUUCUGGGGUUCUGACGUGGAGCAGUCAACAUCCGGGCAGCAGUACCCAACCUCGGACGCUGAAGGGGAUCCCAGCUCGAAGCAACCGCGGAAGAAGCGCGGCCGCUACCGCCAGUACAACAGCGAGAUCCUGGAGGAGGCCAUUUCCGUGGUGAUGAACGGGAAGAUGAGUGUGUCAAAGGCGCAGAACAUCUACGGCAUCCCUCACAGCACGCUGGAGUACAAGGUGAAGGAGCGCCUGGGCACGCUGAAGAACCCUCCAAAGAAGAAGAUGAAACUGAUGCGGAUGGAAGGGCAGGAUUCUGCGGCAGAAGCUGACCCCGCCCCCAAGGAGGAGGGGCCACAGGGGGCUUCUGAGACGAAGGACGAGUAAAGCAGACAAAACAAACAAAACAAACAAAAGAUGGACUGGGCUUCAGUUGUGCCAAUUCACUUUGCAGUAUCUGGGUCAGCACAAACGCAGGGAUUUAAAGAGGAAAAGGAGAGAAAGAGAGGGGAACAUCUGCUCAUUUCUGCAGCGGGUGCUCUGCCUCUGUGGACAGUCACCGAAAGUUGCAAAGGAAAUGCAUUGAAGCCAUGCAUUACGUGAGACCAUACAAAAGGUUUUGUAAAGCAAAAUGAGUCACACUCCUCCCCCUCCCAACGCCCCACUGAUUCUCGGAACUUGCAGUGGACAAAUAUUCUGAUCUGUGGACCGGAGGAUGGGAAGGGGGGGAUUAAUUCCUAGAACAAAACACAAAUAUUUUUAAGUCCUUCUGAUGCCCUCUCUCUCUUUCUCUCCCUCUCUCUCUCUCUCUCUCUCUCUCUCUCUCUCUCUCUCUCUCUCAAGAAUUAGAUUACAAAUUUCAGAUAGGAAAUUGGUAAGCCGAUGGAUUGUAUUUAAACAAACCAAUCUGGAAUCAUGCUCGAUACAUUUCACCAGGGAUUCUCUACACCGAAUUUUUUGAACUGGAUUUUUUUUUUUCUUCAAAGGUCGACUGCUGAGGUUUAUCUGUACAACAUCACUUUUUAUUUUCUUUCUUUUAAUAUAUUAUGCUUCUUAAGGAAACAAAUUUUAACGACAUGUACACAUAGAAACACACUACACAAAAGCAUUCAGGGAUGCACAUUGACUUUUGUUUUCUCUUCUGUUUCGUUCGCUUUCGUUUGCACUACAUGUUUGCUCUUGCGCUUGGUGAUGCUCGCCAGACUUCUUGAGCUCAAACGCUCCCGGCAGAUCUUAUUACCUCAUCACUGCUAUCUCGGCACUCUGCACUUAAGGUCUGCUGGAUACAUUUUUCUGUCGUUUCCUGGUGGGCGACAACUUUUUUCACUUUUACCUCUUCUCUGAGUUGGGGGGGGGGGGGGUGGUCACUAACUUGAAUCACACUAACGUGACGUUUGCCAUUUUUAAGUCACCAUUUUAGCGAGCGAUGGUGCGCUAUGGAUGAUGAAUUUUAAACUUAAGUUCUCUCCUCCCCCCAACAGUUGAUGUUUGUGUACAUUUAUAGCGGGAUGGGGUGGAUUGAAUUUAAUGUUAUAGAUACGUACACUGACUUAAAGCCAAUGUUCAUUUUAGAAUAUUUUCCUUUUCAACUCAGGGUAACUGAGAGAGAUUUAUUCUAUAUUACAAUGCUUUUAAAACAGACUUUUUCUGCAGGACUUAAGGGCAAUGUAUCAGUUUUCUAUAACUUUUUUUUUUUCUUUCCUUUGGGGUGGGGGUUAUAUGGGUUUGAGGCUGAGCCCUGGUGUAAAAAAAAAAAAAGUGUAAAAUGGAGGAAAAGUGAGCUGAUGGGUAAAAGUAGGUUGGGGUGGGGUCAGUUGUCAGUGUGUACAUUUGUGAAAAAAAUAGCACUUUUAAAAAAAAUAUUUAAAAAAAGGAUGUCUGUUAGGGGUAGUCGGAUGGGGGGGGCAGGGUGAGUGUAACUCAAAAGCUUUAGUGGCUGAACACGUGAUAGAAAGCUGCCGCUCAAACCCAAACGCUCUUGCUUUCGAUUACGUUGUCCACCUGGGCGAACAGACAGACGAUCCGCCGAGUUCAGCGUAGCCUCCGUCAGUGGGGAACCGGCGCAGGUGGAGAUUGCCUGGGUAACGUGUCACAGAAACCCCUGUUUUGCAAAAUAAGGUCUUGGGAUUUCACUAUUUUUCCGUUUAUUAUUUGGAAGGAAACGGUAUAACUCACAGGACUUGUAUUACCUUAAAUAUACUGGCUGUAACACUGCCUGGUGCUCACCCAGUCUGAAGCAUGGGGGAAAUGUGUACAAAGAAACUGUCACACAUCUAUUCUCAGAACUAUAACCGUCUUUGCAAUGUGCAUUUUUACUUGUUUUUAACCAAAUGACAUGCACCACCCUGGCACAGGAAAAAUCCAUUAUAACAUAGUACUUUAGCUGCUGCUUAAAUGUUUGCAAAUCAGUGGCACGGAGCAAGUUUCAUGGGUUGCUAACUGUUUUACAGUCCUACUCGGGUUUGUCAAGUGCCAGUCCCGUUCCUUACGAAGUCAGAUGCAUUCAGUUGGAUGUUAAACACGCAUGAAAUGCAUAACACCACACCCACAUGCAUUUUUGCUGCCCAGGAUACGAUGUUUUAAAUCAUCUUCCCUAGAUAAAUAUUUAUUGCCGUGUAUUUUUAAAGCACUUGGGCUGUGUCGGAUUUUGUUGUGCGUGCAGAAGGGCGAUAGAUGUUGAAUUUUUGAGACUGGAACUCAUUCUGAUGGGUUAUUUUAUUUGUGCGCUUUUGUUUAAUGUCCACAGUUACAAAUAUUUAUUUUUAGAUGCUUCAGAACACUUAAGCCGUAUGUAUAAGUAGUAAUGACACUUUUUACAAAAUAUUUCCCAGGUGUAGUUGCACUUAAAUGUCCCUUCUGAGUGUGCGACGAAAUGGCACUUCUUCCAUAGGCGCUGUGGUAGAGAGAUCCACUCGCUCCAGCUAGGGAGGAAGUUUAAAAUAUAAAAAAGCCCAACAGAUGAACCCACAAUGCUUGGCAGUGCCUCACCUGUGCCGAAUCCCCUCCAGUUAGCCAGCGUCUGUGUCGUCGUGCCACUGUUUUCCAAACGGAGCAUCCCAGUGUAAGGAAGGCCUCAGGAGGGCUUCAGUCUUUACAGAUGCCAAAGUCUGCUCUUUGGUGUCCUGAUACCUUCGAUACGUAAGUCUGCCCAAAAACUCCCGUAAUCUGGUGCAUGUCUUUUUUUCGUUUCGUCUUACCUGUGGAUUAACAAAUUCCCCUGUCCACAAAAAAACAACUCCUUCGUCCUAUCGGCCUCGCAGGGCAUUUAUUUAUAACACAAAUGCAAUGAUCAACACAAAACAAAUAAAAACUACAGCCUAACGAUGUUUUCACACAAAACCGACUGUUCCCCCCCCCCCCUUGGUGUUUUUGGAUGAACACGCACUUGUAGCCUUUCAAACCCAGCUCAGGAUAGCUGCGGGGUGCUGCGGUAUUGGUCGGUUAGGGAAUGCAGACUUGACUACCUGUACUACAUAGGGAAAAAAAUGUACGUAAACUUGGAUUGCAGUGUCCAAGGCCUAUACCUCAGUUUCGGAAUAUACUCUUCCGUGCCUCUUACUGGACUCCCACUCAGGAGCGUCUGAGGAAGGGAAACUUGAUACUCUGGGAAAUUUUAGAUUCCUCCUUCUCCUCCGUCGGGCUUUUAUCUAUUUGUUCCUUUUUGCGUUCACCUCUGUCUUUUGGAGGUAAUUUUUUUGUCUGGCUGACCAAUAUUUGCACCCUGCUUAUUCAGGUAUAUCCACAAGGACCGACCUCAGUGAGCCUUGAUGUGAGAAAUGGCAGCCGAAUCUAAAGAGCGAUUUACUUGGUGUGUUCAGGGCCUGUUGAGGUGCGUGUUCAAACUCGAUGCUCUGUCAUGGUUUCCUAGAAUGGAUUUUGGCUGCCGCUAGAGAAGCGACGUCACAUUCAGGGGCUCGGCCAUAAAGGUAUAUCUGGGAUAUCUGCUUUGGGAGAUGAGGGACGUAACAACAGGAGUUUGGACAGGUGGAAAUGUUAAUUCUCAGCCAUUCACUCCUCACCCUUGUUCAACAUUGCAUUCUAAAAAAAAAAAAAAAUGGAAGAAAUUAAUUUUUCGUGACAUCUUUAUCUAAUUAAUUUUUUUUCGCUUGCUUAUAUCUUGUGAGAUUGUAACUAAACCAAUGCGCAAAACCUCAGUUUAUAGUAACUGUGUGCCAUCUUCACUAAAUGGCACCUAAUACUUUCAGAAAACUUGCCAUGCUUUUUGAUCUUUAUGUGUGUGUGUGUGUGUGUGUGUUUGUGUGCGUACGUGUGUUUUCUAUAGGCCGCAUAUCUGAUCAACAGUUAUACCUCAGGAUAUACCAUACUGGAGCAGCUGAUUGUACACAUGCUAAUAACACAGAUCAGGAUUUUUAUUAAAGUUAGUUUUAUUUGUAGGUUUAUAGGUGCAACUUUUUUUUUAUAUGUACUAACCCCUGGUCUUUGAGUCAAACCUACUGUCUUUUGCGAGCACAUGGUCUUAAAGGUCUUAAAGGAACAUAGCACACACAUCUGACCUGACACACAAAUUUAGUUUGUGUGCCUUUAUGAACCAUCAGGUUUUAAAAUUUUAUCCGUAAAAAUGUUGGCGCUUUCUGUAAUCAGGAUUCUACCCCAAAAAAAAGUUUAAUCGCAGUUAAUUUACUGGUAUCGGUUAGGUGUUCGCAACAGGUUUAAAACUAGUAGCAUUCUGUUUACUUUCUGUCCAGCACUAAAGUUUAAGAUCUACGUACAUGUGUCAUCCCAUCAUUACAUGUUUCUGCUGACUCGGUCUGCUGAAAACACCUAAGAUGGUAGGAGUGUUGUUAAGCUGAAGCCUGGUGUUGUGUUGUUGGCAGCAUUUUGGUUGGAUUUAAAGGCAGGGAGCAUCACACCGAUGCCUGGAAUUGGUCAGAGCUGCUGCAUUUUAGGCUGAGGUUCAACCUUGGGGGUGAGUCUUGUGUGAUGUGGCAUCCCAGGGUGAGGGCAAGCCUUUGUUUUCCAGCAUGAAGCAGUCACACCUAACCCUUAGUGAAGAACUGAGAUCAGGUGCUGGUGCUAUUUCAUGGGUUAGCUUUUUUGCUCUUUCAGAUCUGAUGUUUUAGUAGGUGCGGGAGGUAUAUUGUAAUGUCUGUUUAAGGUAAUGGAACUAUGCAUUGAGAAAGUGGGCAUCGAGAGAUGACUCUUCAGGAGAGGACUGUCGCUUGUCUUGGUUGUCUGCAGUGAUCUCCUGUUUAAAGCUGACGUUUUAGGUUUUUGGUUUGUUUUUCAAGGCGGCGUACAUAAACGAAGCAUCUUUGCGCAUCAUGCUGUUCUGGUGGCACUGAAAUCUAACCUAAAGCCCUAGAUGCAAUUUGGCUGAUGAAAUCAGGAAGAGGGAAAAUAAAAUGAGAUGUGUUAGGAUGUUAGAGCGUGAGUGUCACACAAAAAUGAUUUGAUAGAUUUUUUUUUAUUAUUAUUAUUAAGUGGAGAGGGAGAAAAUAUUUUUUUCUCUUUCGACGACCUGUAAACCCCAAGAAACUGGAAAUUGGGACUUUCCCAUAGCCAUUAAAACACCCUAACAGUGAAAUAUUCUGCAUUUUUGUCAACUCUAAAAAAAAAAUUUUGGAAAAUGUAUUGCGUAGGAUAAAUUCGGAGUGCAUUUUUAGUUUUUAUCCCCGAUGCGAACAGAAAGGGAGUGAAAGAAACUGGAGAUAUGUGUCCUUUAAAUGUAAACAACCUUAAUAACGAACAGUUGCGCUAUUGGCUUUGAAAGGGCUGCUCAGUGUGUUGCCAUGACAAUCGUGCAGCAUUUUUCACAGGUAAAGGUGUGCCUAUCCUUUAAGAGCAUUUUUGUUCCUCUAGAAAUAGACAAAAGGCUUUUUCUAAGGUGGUUUUUAUCAAAGCAUAAUUUUGUAGCAUGCCCGCCCCCCCAAGGUUUGUCUGCCAUUUUCCAGUGACAAUACAGUAUAGCAUGCUUGUUUAUUUGGGGCUGGCUGUUCUUGGUUUUAUAUACGUCUAAUAUGGUUCCUGUGAACAGAGUGAAUGCGAUAUAUUUUUAUCAUGGCUCUUAAUUCCAGGUGGCUUGUGAACGCUGCCAGUGGCAAGAAUCAUGUACUUUGUCCUCUCGCCCCUUCCUUACAUAAAGUACAUUAAUUUGUUAGGAAAAAAACAUUUCAGUGAGACUAUACAGUUACUAUUACCAUGAUUUACUUUGGGUGGGGGGGGAGGGGUAAGGUAAUUAUAAUAAUUAGAUUUUUUUUAAUUAAAACUACCUCAGCCUGACUUUGUUGUGACAGAUAAGUAUGUGAAAGGGAGUCUAUGUCAGAAGUGCUCUCGUUUUUUCCUUUAAUAUCCUCCAGUCCUGUGAUGUGUAGGUUCCGUUGCUUUAUCCCCCAGCCUGUGUUCCUUUGGUCGGUAGGUCGGCAGUUUUGAUUUGGUAGCAGAUUUUGAAUCCUCGCGACCGGAAGCUGUGUUGGAAGGGGAGAGCUGCCUCGCGCUCCCUCUAAAUCGCGCCGAUUGUCACAGAAACUAGUUACUGUCAUGAAGUUUGAGCUGUUUUCGGGACACGUCUUUCGAGGUUUGAUCCCGGGUAUUGGUGGAAGGCAUCACGGAGGGGAAAGUUAUAUAAAUAUCGGGGUUUUUCCCCCGUUCUUUUGUCUGACCACAUUAAGAGAAGCUUCUAAUUAUUUAACAAGCACACGCCUUUAUGUGGGCUAAGAUGCAUGUGUUUUUAUUGCAGUAAAUUUCUCACCUUCAGUUAUGAUUUCCAGAUCGUCUUAAAAUUUCCGCGGGCGUGGAAUGUCUGGUUUACUCCGCUCGUGGUCAAAGCUAACGAGUUUUUUUUUUUUUUUUUUUUUUUUUGAGAUCCAUUUUCACCCUCAAGCCGAGAAAAUGAAGGAACCGUGUUUUUUUCCUCUUCUCAAUACUACUUUCUUGUCUAACAUCACCACCACUAGACGGCUCCGCCAUGCCGCGUCUGACGUCCUUAUUCACCCCUGGCACUUUACGACGUUUUGCUCGGAGCACCUUUGCUCCCGUAAUGAAAGGCAGCCGGUAACAAUAUGUUGGGAGUUUUUUGAUCUUUAGUGUCAGAUGCCACGUUUUCUGAAACGAAUUUCUGCUAUCCCGUUGUCAGUCCUCCGGGUUUGAUGUUACCCGUAAUGUAACUUGAACGUACGCGUGCGCACACGUGUAACUCUCACACGUUGAAUACUCCCACAUGUCUACCCGUUAGUUCAGCAAGACUGUCUUACGAACCUCUACCCCACACGUUAUUCUGGCCAAAGGCAAACAGUAGUUCAUAAACGGUUUAAACUUUAUAUAUGAAAGGCUGUCUUUCCAUGACUGUACCAAUUAUAUAUAAGUUCAGCCAAAUAUCUUUUUCAGUGCUUUAUAAACAGCGAGGAUUGUAAAGGAUUGUAAAAAUCACUGAAGCUCGAUUAAUUAACAAUACAACGCACUAUACCUCAAAAAAAGCCUGUGUGGAUCCUGACAGCAUCCAAUCAUAAUCUUCAGUCUUGCAUCGCUGUUCACUUUUUACUCUGGAAUCACUCUUGUUCACUAGUUAUAUUCCAGCUUUUCUAAUUAGAGGAUAGAUUGGUGUGUCAUGUUGUGUUGCAGGCUUUUGAAUAUUUAUGACUACAUUUAUUAUUACUCCAGUCUUAGUCUGUUCCUUUUUCUUCUCUCUCUGACAGAUACAUCCUGGGUACUAAUUCUCAAAAAUUGAAGUUUUUACUUAAUGAACUACAUUAAUUAAAGCCACAGACGUCUGUAGCAAAUACUGUCCUAAUUUCUAUGUUUCACUGAAUGUACAAGAAAAGGGUCUUGGCAUUAAAAGAAAAUCUGCAUCUUACAUUCUUAAAAAAACAUUUAUAUAUAAAUAUAUACUGACACAUACACACUUUACAUUGUAUAUAUUUAGUUACUAAAAUAUACUCUUAGUGGGAGGGAUACAACUUGUCAUCUGUAUUUAAUUCAGGGAAUAAGAAAUAGUAUAUUAAUCUAUCCCUCUUUUUUUGGGCAAGUCUGUGUCCUCUUUGCAGUCUUUGUCCCAGCUGAGUUGGGACAGAUGGUUUUAGUGACCAAGGUUAACAUGAAGAAUCUGCUUUGUUAAAGUACUCUCUCAAUACACGGGCAGCGGGCUGAAUUUUCUAACACUGUACAGACGGUAUAUUUAUGAAAGUUAAUCUUUUUUUUUUUUCCUUUUUCUCUCAAUGGUCGUGUAUAGUACUAGUCGAGUAUUGCAACUACCCGUUCCCUGUCUGACUUGCAGACAAGGUGUAAAUAAGGCUCUUAAGAAAUUGUCUGUUUGCCAAUAGGUAACCUUUUUAAACAUUUGAAAUGUAAGCAAAAUGUUUAAACUACUGCAUUUGUCAAUGGUAUCAAUUACCUUUGUCCCUCAUGUUCUUAGGAUGGGGGAAAAAAAAAACAGGUGUAUUUUAAUUUUCAUUUUGCAUGUGAGCCGGUGUUUUUGGAUCAGAGAGAAUACUUAUCUCGUAUUGAGCUACUGUGAGACAUUUCGAUUUGAAUGUCUAUGGGGAAUGUUGGAAACACUGGAAAUUAUGCAAGACAAAAACCUGUCACUUUGACAGACUAGGAGACUUAAAAACGACAUGAGCCAUUCGCUAAGAAUUAGGACACCCAAGAUAUAGUACCUAUCUCUGGCGCUGCUCUUUCUUAGCUUAGGCAUAAGCUUUUAACAAUUUGUGUAUAGUUGAAUAACAAUGUGCACGUAUUUAUGCGUGUGCGUAUGUAUGCGUGUGCGUAAUGUAUGCGUGUGUGCAUCCGUGUUUUGUCAGUCUUUGUCACUAUCAUUUCUCCCAAUUCCACUUUAUGCUCGUGAGUCCAUUUUUCAUCGCGGCUUUCCUUCCCCCCGAAAAAGUCCAUAGAUUCGAUGUUUUGUACAGGUUUAAGGCUCUGGCUUAUCUCUGUAAGUAAGAUGACAAAAGGAACCCUCAGGGAUGAGUUUCAUACACUGCUCUAACUCAAUUCAGGUACUUUAUCGAGAUUGUGAGGCCUAGCAGUGACUUCUGUUUGUUUUAGUUUUUUUUUUCUUCCUUAGGUUAACCAAAUUAAUCUCAACGUAAAAAGACAAGUUGCCAUUUUUUGUUAACGUUAUUUCCUUUUAUAUGUGUGGGUGUGUGUGUUUUUAAUAGAUGCAUGCGUGCAUUAGUACACACAGACCUGCCACAAACCAUGAUGAAUGUCAAUUUAAAACUCAGUUUGGGUUAGGUGUUGGCCAACUGUGUUUUUUUUUUUCUUUCCCGAGCUGCAUUUCGAUUCUCCAGCACGCCGUGCCUCCGAUCGCGAACGCUGUGGCAUUCCUUUCUUUAACCGCCGCUAAACGGAUCGGUGUGAGGCUGCUUUUCUGGGCGUUUGUCGCAUUUGUGGAACAUAAGUGUCUCCUGCUGUGAAGAGUGCUUUGGUUUGGAGGACCUGACCACAAGUGGUAUAUGCUGAUGUCUUUGGCCUUUGGCAAGCUUUGGUUUGGUCCUAUGUGAAUGAAAAGCUACAGAUUUGCCCCAGACUGUUAUCCGUCCAAGGCUUUUCUUUAUUUUGUCUUGUAUUUUGUGGCUUAUUAUUAUUAUUGUUGUUGUUGUUAUUAUAAUUAUUAUUAUUGUUAUUAUUCUUCCACCCUUCAGCCAUUUAAAAUACUGUAUUGUGGCACUUUUGGCCAUUAAAGGAAUGAAGUUAAGGACUAUGUAUUAGUCUUACUUUCAGAGAGUGAUGGGCUUUUGUACAGAAAAUGACAGAUUUUUUUUCUCACUUUUGUGAAUAUAUGUCUGUAAUUGGAUAUAUUUCCAUAUGGAAUCAAAGUUCUCUAAGAUUUUAAUGGUUUGUAUCAAAGUGAUUGAUUUUAUAGCAAAAUGAGAAACAGUCCCCCCCCCCAUAUUUCUAUAGAUUGGUCAUGGGGACCACCACUCUCUAUCUUUUUUUCUUAACCUUAGCUUGAUUCUUCUGUGGUGCUGGUUUAAAAAAUAUUCUGUUCAGAUAGUGGCAGUUAUGUGUUUUUGAACGUAAAGAAAUGAAUGUGUGGAGGACUUUAAAAAAAAAAUGACUGUGGUCAGCAACAACUGAACUCUAUGUACUUAAAGCCCCCCCUCCCCCCUUUGUUUUUUGGGUAAUUGUGGUAUCUCCAUUCUGAUAUACCUCAUUCCUUACAUUUGACUGACAAGUUCAUAAGAAAAACAUGACCCUCGUCUCAGUAAUUCAGAUGAUCAAAAGCAGGCACUCCAUAACCUUAAUGGACCUCAUUUCAAUAUUUUUACCGUUUACAGUUUGUCAGGAUUGUAUAAUUUAAUGUUUUUCUUGUACUGUAGUUUUAUUUAAGUACAUUUUUUGUACUGUGUCGGUUGGAUUUUUAUUCUAGGCUAUGAUUGUCUAUGUGGUAGAGCACUUAAAGGAUCACAAUAAUUUAUGUUGGUUUGAUUGCACUAUUUGUUAACUGUUUUGAAUGCAAAAUCUGAUUUACAACUGGACUAAUGAAAAACAUGUCUCCUAAUGUAUGUAAUUUUAAAAUAAAAUUUGAUUUCCAUGGUCUUUAUUUUGCAUUGAACGUCAGGCAAAGCUGAUUAAUUCCGUCUUUUGUGCAUGUGUAAGAUUUUACUGGUUAUGUUGUAUUCUAUUAGAAGAAAAAAAACGGCAUUUUCGCAACACAUUUCAGCUGUAAUGUUGUGUAAGGUAGAAUUCAAUGGAUGCUAGAAUAUCUUCUUUUCAAAACCACUAUUCUUCUAAUAAAUUUUGUUGUGAAAAUA